AUGAUAGGCCUUGCAUGGUUGGUGUCUUUUGUCCUCUGGGCGCCACCCAUUCUGUGCUGGCAGUACUUUGUAGGAGAGCGAAAAGUGCUCCCCGACCAGUGCCAGAUCCAGUUUUUAACAGAGCCCGUGAUCACAUUUGGGACAGCUAUUGCUGCUUUCUACAUCCCUGUCUCUGUCAUGACCAUCCUUUACUGUAGGAUCUACAAGGAGACGCAGAAACGAACCAAAGACCUGGCAGAACUGCAAGGGCUCUCAACAGAAAAUGUUCUACAGGGGGCUAAACCACAGAAAACUAUCAUUCAUUCUUGCUUUCAUUUCACCAGGGAGAGGAGAGACCAGAGUCAAGCCUCCUGGUCCUCAUCAAACCAAAGUAAUGCCACUAAAACUACCACUAGAUCAGAUGAUGCAUGGGUGAAAGCAGAUCAGAUCACAUCUUUUAACAGCUACACCUCAUCUGAAGAGGAAGACCAUCAUGUUUCAAUGGAUACUCCGCAGGGAUCUUUUAAAGAGCAAGCUGGACAAAGUAGUAAGAAUGGAAAGGUGACUGAUUAUACAGAUGAUGAGUAUUUUUCCACUCCUCCAAAGAAGAACAGUAAAAAGCACAUUUCUUAUAAGUUCAAGCCUGGCUCAAAGGGUAAAAAUGGCAAUCCCACAAUAGCAAAACCCAACCCGCCUGAAGCAGAGGAGCCUACCAAAAACGCCUCCCCGUCCUCCUCAACCACUUCCAAACCCAUGGACCCAGUCCUGAAGAACCAGAUCACCAAGAGAAAGAGGAAUGUGCUGGUGAAGGAGAAAAAGGCAGCCCAGACUCUAAGUGCCAUCCUCCUGGCAUUCAUCCUCACAUGGACGCCAUACAACAUCAUGGUGCUCAUCUCCACUUUCUGUGCCGAAUGCAUCCCCACGUCCCUGUGGCACCUGGGCUACUGGCUCUGCUAUGUCAACAGCACCAUCAACCCCAUGUGCUACGCCCUCUGCAACAAGACCUUUCAGAAGACCUUCCGCAUGCUUCUGCUCUGCCAGUGGAGGAGGAGGAGGAGGGGUGAAGACAAGCUGUACUGGUGUGGACAGAACCAAAAUGUCAAUAAUAAAAUAACCUGA